CCUCGCACGGGUGCCCUCCCAUCCACUCGUCGGGCGCUCCUGUCGAGAAGGUGGAGAAUGUGUCUUCAGAGAGCCGAGUGAAACGGAAACACUCAUUAAAACUAUUUCCAAUUAAUCCACAGAAAGGACAGUGACUCAAGAAUGAGGACCUAAGUGUGGAUUGUUGUUUUUUUUUUUUUUUCCCCCUCCUCCCUUCAGCAUUCACCUCUUCCAUCUGGCUAACCAAGUUGUUAGUUAGCCAAUCAUCUUGACAAAAUUAAAAUUCGAGUUUGUGUUCUAGGUGCUACAAGUCGUCGCACUGCCAACACAGCUUCUCCAUCAUGCCUUUUCCCUUUGGAAAGUCCCAGAAGAGCCCAGCAGACAUUGUGAAGAGCCUGAAGGACAACAUGGCCUGUCUGGAAAAGCUGGAGGCUUCUGAGACCAAGAAAUGUGAGAAGGUGUCGGAGGAGGUGUCGAAGGGCCUGUCAUCACUGAAGGAAGUGCUGUGCGGUACAGGUGACAAGGAGCCGCAGACGGAGGCCGUGGCUCAGUUGGCGCAGGAGCUGUACAACACUAACCUGCUCAUCGCCCUCAUUGCCAACCUGCAGAGGAUUGACUUUGAGGGAAAGAAGGACGUGGUGCAGCUGUUCAGCAACAUUGUACGGCGUCAGAUCGGCACCCGAACACCCACCGUGGAGUACAUUUCUUCUCACCCUCAAAUCCUCUUCAUGCUGCUAAAAGGGUACGAGAACGCCGAGGUGGCCCUGAACUGUGGCAUGAUGUUGCGGGAGUGCUUGCGUCACGAGCCACUGGCGCGCACCGUGCUCUUCUCCGAGGAGUUCUACCACUUCUUCCACUAUGUGGAGCUCUCCACUUUCGACAUCGCCUCCGAUGCCUUUGCCUCCUUCAAGGACCUGCUCACAAGGCAUAAGCUUAUGUGUGCAGAUUUUCUGGAGACAAAUUACGACAGGGUGUUUACAGAAUAUGAGAAGCUCUUGCAUUCCGAUAACUAUGUCACCAAACGUCAGUCUUUGAAGCUGCUGGGAGAACUUCUGCUGGACAGACACAACUUCACCGUCAUGACCAAGUACAUCAGUCGGGCUGAGAACCUGAAGCUCAUGAUGAACCUGCUGAGGGACAACAGCCGCAACAUCCAGUUUGAGGCGUUCCAUGUCUUCAAGGUGUUUGUGGCGAACCCCAACAAAACGCAGCCGGUUCUGGACAUCCUGUUGAAGAACCAGGCCAAGCUGGUGGACUUUCUGAGCCGUUUCCAGACGGACCGGUCCGAGGACGAGCAGUUCUGCGAUGAGAAAAACUACCUGAUCAAGCAGAUCCGAGACCUCAAGAGGCCUCCGGCGCAGGGAGAUGCUUAGAGGCAGAGUGGUAGCCGUGCGCCACGCGGGGGUGAGCAGGUUGAGGGGAGAGGCUGGUACCAAGAGCAAAAGAGAGCUGAGCAGGACUCGAGGAAGGAGCAGAGGGAUGAAUUGGGUUAGAGGAAGAGAGACGAGAGAUAGAAUCGCUGCCUUCUUUUCAUGCUUCGUCUCUGAUGUGGAAAUGACGUCUUGCACGAGUGGCCAAGGGCGCACCUUACCGGGCCCGAAAUCCUCUUUCCGCUCCCGAGUCCCUCUUGGAUGUUGGCCGCUUUUUCUUCUCUUGACAAAUGGAACAAACAAAAAUUGAAGCUCCCCUCCUACAUCGCAAAUGUAUGAAAGAGUAGAUGUUUAAAAAAAAAAAAAAAAACCCUUAAAAAUGAUCUAGUUAAGUGCGAAAGGCAAUUUGUGACAUCAUUUUGUGGGGCCCGAACGAAACACUGGAGCAAACUGCUUUUGGCCCGUUUUCCAAUAGUGGAGGACCAGUAUGCUGGUUGUUGUGCGCUCUUCUUUUCUAGUGAGAUUGUUUUUGAAGAUGUGACUUGAUAGACAUUUUAUAAAAGUGAGUAAAGUUAUCAUGGGUCAGAAUCAGCUACGGUGCACCUGCAGACCCACCAGGGGUGGAUGUAGACACAUAAGGGGGACGUGGUAAAGGAACUCUCACGUGAAUGGCAUGUGAAUUUCAAGCCUUAUGCACACUGCUGGAUUAAUAUUAUUUUAGCAAUUUGAGAUUUUUUUUUUCCUUAUGUCUGUGGGGUUGGGCCACAGAAAAGUUGUACAUAGCAACCGCAUUGUUUCUGAUGCUGCAUUUAGGAAAGUGUUCCUUUAGACAUAUACUGUAGAUUGGUGUUUGUUUUUUUUUUUUUUUUUUUUUUUUUUUAAAUUAUUUAAAUAUGAUUCCCUUGGGCGUUUUUAUAAAGGGAACCAUCCAAGAUGUCAAAAUAGGAUCUCUGCUUAGCUUGGGAAAUAAUUUACAUAUUUUUGUCUAUGGUUUUGAAUUUUUUUUUGGACAUUAUCAAAGUAAUAUGGCAGUGAAUGGAGCACAAUGUGAGAACUCAGUAAUGCACAUUAUUAAUAUCUAUACCUACAUUUACUAUAAUAGGCCAGGAACUGUAAAACAGAGCAGAGCUGGAAAGUAAUGACCUCAGAUUCUAAAUAAAUGCUAAAUGGGAAAAUGUUACUUCAGUAUAUGUACUGUAGUUUCUUAUGUGCUGAUGUAAGUCCGCAGUAAAUGGACUUUUACUGCUGCACUUUUUACCCAACAUCAGAACUCGAAUUUGGGUUUCUGUUCUGGAGCCCUUCAUACAUCAAGAGUUUCUGGUUGGUACCGCGGAAGUGUGAUUUCCAAGUCACAUGCGUUAAAUUAAAACUCAUGCAGUUGCCUACAUUGUGAAACUUGAAAGCAACCAUAAGGGCACAAAUUUCCACACCUCCUGCUCACCUUAACUUAUUGUUAUGAUGGCUUGUUCUUGGUUUAGGAUUUUUUUUUUUUUUUUUUUUUUUUGGUCAAUCAUGUCUUCAGAUAUUUUUAGUGAUAAACUGGCACUUAAGUUCUGCUGUCAUCUUUUUGCACAAGUUUUCAUACAUUCCUUGUGUGCACUUUGUAGACUAGUAUUUCACUGACACAUAAAAUUUUUACUUUAGAGUGGAACGAUAACAAUGUACUGAAUGCGUAGUGCUGGUGAUCAUAUAGAAUAUACAGAUCUCUCAGUCCUCCCUUUUCAGCUAUUUAUGAGAGACAUUUAUUGACCACUUUAAUGGAUUUCAAGGGAUCUCCUGAAUGUUUUCACAUUAAUGAAAAACAGAUACAGCGAUUGAAUUGUGCAACAGAAUAAGUGUUCUGAACAAAGAGAAUUAAAACCCUGCAAAAUAUGGUCAAGUACUCAGCGAAUAGGACAUAGUUCUUUCUGAUCAGCCAUUCAUUAUUAAAAGCAGUAUGGUAAACCCAUUCUUCUAAAUGCAAGUUGCUUUUGGUUUAGGAGGUGGAUGGAAAGGAGAAAAUGACUGCUUUCAGAAUUUUUGAGAGCGUGUGUCACCGACCUCAGCGUGUGCUGAAAACGGGUGUGAAGACAGUACUGCUGGUUUGCUGCCUUGGACGGAUGCAGUCCUGUCUCCUGCAGUGUGCUGUUUAUAGACCGACCCAGUAAGCAAAUGACCGUAGAAUUUUAAGUUCCCCUCUUUGUCCUUGAAUGAUUUAUCUGUAUCUUUCCAGUGAAAACGGUCCAGAGUGACCUAGAUUUGAAUGUGACCUUUCAAAUGGGUGCAUUUGUACGUUAGACUGACAUUUAAACUCACUCCUUAAGGUGUACCUCAUUUACUUACAUAAUUUAUUAUAGCUUGUUUGGGGGAAGAACUGAAUUUCAAACAUAGAGAUGAAAUUUUUUUGCUAAAUGUACGAUCAACAAAUCAGACCAUGUGUGGUAGAUUAACCCUGCUAGGACACCCUGAACCACUUUGUGACCAAGAGAAUAAGAAUUGGAGCCAAGACUGCUAUACGUAAAAGAUCCAGUCAUCUGCGUGAAUUAAUCGAAUAGUGAAAACGCGACAGUGAAAUGCAGGAACGUGCGGCCCAAUCAUCAAUGUUUGGAGACCUAUAAUGUUUCGCAGCACUGGGGGAAAAGAUGCUGUGCCACUGGCAGUCACAAAACCAAAGCAGGGGGUUCUGAUGAGCAGAAGUCUGAACUGUAAAUAUUCGCUGCACCUUUUGUUUCUGUUUUCGUCAGAAAACUAUUCUCAGCCAACACUGAAUGUCUCUUGGUAUCGCUUCAUGCUGUCUUUACUGUUUCCAAAGACUUUCCCAGUAUUUCUUUUUUUUUUGGAAAGGUGAAAGGACUUGAGGUGGAUUCAGAAACAGGAAAUAAAAUCAGUCUGUUAAAAUGCAAA